CAGAGGAGGCGCGACUGAAAACGCACCAACGCACCACCGCAAACACCGCGCGAAAUUCGCUUCUCUUGUGAUGGCCAUCGCAAGGUGAAAACGGGGACGCAGAAAAGUGCAGACUGACCCAGAGGUGGCCGUUGCCGCUGAGAGGGCUCCACAUGCGGCAUCUACCGACUCUUCGGCACCACCAUGCCCGCAUCGCAGGCCCCUGGAGUGGUCCAUAACUCCAGCGCUGGGCCCUGGGACCCCGGCUACCUGGGGCCACCAUCGGUGACGAACAGCGCGGUGAAGAUGGUGCUCAUCGCGGCCAUUGUCUGCGCUUCGCUCUUCGGCAACGUGGUGGUACUGCUGGCGUUCCAGCGCAAGCCACAGCUGCUGCAUGUGGCCAACCGCUUCGUGCUCAAUCUGCUGCUAGCCGACCUGCUGCAAACCGUGCUGGUCAUGCCCUUUGCCAUCGCAGCCGCCGCACCGGGCGUCUGGCCACUGGACGCCCGCCUGUGCCGGGUGCUAGUCGUGCUCAUGCACCUGUUUGCCUUCGCUGGUGUGAACACCAUCAUCGUGGUGUCGGUGGACCGCUAUCUGGCCAUCAUCCACCCGCUGUCGUACCCCACGCGCAUGACGCCCCACCUGGGCACCAACCUCAUCGCUCUCACCUGGCUGUUAGGGGUACUGCAGAGCACGCCGCCUCUCUACGGCUGGGGGGCCAUCGACUUCGACCGCCGCCACAGCGCCUGCACCGUGGUGUGGUCUGCCAGCUACUCCUACUCUGCCCUGGUGGCGGCGCUCUCCUUCUGGCUGCCCGUGGCCAUCAUGCUAGCCUGCUACUGGAUGGUGUUCAGGGCAGCCAGGCGACAGAACGCCCUGGUGCACCCCAUGCAGACCAACCAGCUCCCGGACUCCCAGGCCCCGUGCUCCAGUCCACAGCAGCCCCCACCCGAGGGGCCAUUCUCGGCCGCGUACCCCACCAGGAACCGGCACCGGCGCUUUCACUACCACUGCAAGGCGGCGCGGGUGGUGUUCGUGGUCAUGGCCUCCUACAUCCUCAGCAUGGGUCCCUACAGCGUGCUGAGCACCGUGUCUAUGCGUCCUGGCGCUGCCGUGCCGCCCUGGCUGGCCUCGCUAUCGCUCGUCCUCUUCUUCCUUCAGUGCUGCCUGCAUCCGUAUAUCUACGGCUACAUGCAUCGUAGCGUGCGCAAGGAGUUCCUGGCCCUGCUCUGCGGGACCCUCUGCGGCCAGGGCCGACCCGGGCGUGGAUCUGCCGCGGAGAGCUGCUUCGCAGUGACCGAUGGGCGCUCAGCGCACACACGCCCACCCGGCCGCACCACCCGUGUGCGGCCUCUCCAUACCUGGGAGGAAGGGACCACGUCAUCGUCGCCCACAGACAGGAGGUCCAGGGAGAGCCACAAAGAGACCACGUCUGUCAGCCUGAGCUCUGAGAGAGAGCUCACUGUGCACAGCAGCAAGUGUCAGGAAGGCGUUUAGCAGCAUGAGUUUACAGUUUACUGUGAGCGGGUGGUUAUCGGCUGCCAAAACCCGCUAUCUUGAAACUGAAACUCAGAAGACAAAUACUCAGAAACAUCACACAUCCGUGGUCUUUGCAAAUGAAUGUGUCAAAGUGCGCUGGACCAUAUUACAAAAUGAUGAACAUGUGAGUGAAUUGCUAGUCCAAACGAGGAAGUGCAUUUGAUGGACUGUGGAUAUGGGGUUAUUAUGAAGUGGUAGGUAAAGGUUUGUGGAAUGUAAUAUACUGUUAACUAUUUUUUGCAUAGUAUGGAACUACAUGUUUGUAAUUUUGUGAAACCAUGUACAGUAUUUGUAAAUUAAACCAAUGUGUUAGUGCACAUUAUGGAAAGUUAAAAAGAGGGAGGAAUCCCAAAUUCUAAACAGUGAUCUCUAAUGCUUUAGAUUCUAUGAUGCAAAAGUACUACUAGAUUUCUUUACUUUCAACACACAUCAGUAUACACAGUAUUGAGGAUAAAUUAAUUAGUGUCACACGAAUCCAGCACUAUUCUCUUAAAAGGACUGGAGUAUUAAUGUUACCAUUUAAACCUUUAAGACCUAAGCCUUAAAUUGGCCAUCUGGGCAUAUCUUUAAAUGCAUAAGAACCAGUAAUGUAAAGUUGAAAGAAACCAUAUGAGGAGCAUGUUAGAGGGUUAAACAUUGUAUUCAAUGUGGCAUCUGCAUUACCAUCUUCUCACCUUUAGGAAA